AUGGCUACCCCUAGUGUCCUCGCUUUUGACGCUGAGGGUCGGGCCAUUGACUUCGAGGUCUGGGUAGAUGACCUGCAGCUGUUCUUACAGUGCGAUAGGGCAGACGGCCUUUCUCUCUUUGACCUCACCUCUGGCGCUUCCCCUGCCCCUGCUGCUGAUGCUGACGCCACUGUUCGCUCCCAGUGGGCCACGCGCGAUGCUGCUGCACGUCUUGCUGUGCGUCGCCACCUCCCUACCUCCGAGCGUGCACACUUUAGUCAGGACCACUUCCUCGCAGUGUGCCCCACCACUCUCACCGUUGACCUCCUCGAGAAGUCCCUCCUAGCGGCGGAGAAGAGCAUAGUCGCUGUAGGAGCUUCUCGUGGUGACCCCCGCACCCCUAUCUUUGAGGGGUGUACUCCCUCCCCCCUCUUGCCCUCUGUCGCCUCUGCUGCUGCGGCCGACCUCGUUGGUUUCGAGUCGGUCGGCGCUGCGUCUGCCCCUUCGGGGAAGCGCCGCACAAGCAGGGGCAAGGGGGGCAAGGGCGCUGGAGGAGCUGGCGGGGGCGGUGGAGGUGGCGGUGGAGGCGGCGGAGGGAGUGGGGGUGGUGGAGGGAGUGGUGGAGGGGGUGGGGUACCGGUGGCAGCAGUGGAGGCGGAGACGGCGGCGGUGGCGGAGGGAGCGGAGGAGGCGGUGGUAGCGGAGGCGGCGGUGGUAGUGGAGGCGGCGGUGGUGGCGGAGGCGGCGGAGGUGGCGGAGGAGGCCGAGGUGGCGGUGGAGCUGGUCGCGGGUCUACGCAGAGGAGUGGCUCCGGUGGUGGUCCGCGACAGCAGCAGCAGCGUGGUCGUGAGACCCUGUCCCGUCAGCAGCUCCGUGAGUGGUACACUGCACGCCAGCGGGGUGGGGGUUUUGGUCCGUGCACCUACGUCCUGCGCACCGGCAGCUGUGCGGGUGAGUAGUGUGGGGGUGCGCACCCCACCCAGCGCUGCUUUGGCCGCCUGA